CAACCUUGACAACAUUGAUUCCCGAUUUAAAUUCUCCAGCAUUGAACAUAUGAGUACUAAUAAUGAAUCACCCUUCGACUUUAACAGAUGGGCAUCAGCGUGAAGGACGUUGAUCAGCAUGAAUUUACCAAAGCCCUGGCUGCGUUCCUGAAAAAGUCAGGAAAGAUGAAGGUUCCAGACUGGGUGGAUAUCAUCAAAUUGGGCAGGUUCAAGGAAUUGGCUCCCUAUGAUGAUGACUGGUAUUAUAUCAGGGCUGCUUCAGUCUGCAGACAUUUAUACAUCCGGUCACCCGUGGGUGUAGGGUCAUUCACAAAGAUCUAUGGAGGCCGCAAGAGGAAUGGAACAUGUCCUAGCCAUUUCUGCAGAAGCACAAGGUCUGUGGCGAGAAAAAUCCUCCAGUCUUUAGAAGGUUUGAAGCUGGUGGAAAAGGAUGCUGCUAGUGGAGGGCGUCGGCUAACAGCUCAAGGCCGUAAGGACUUGGAUAUCAUUGCCUCCCAGAUCAAGUCCAAAAAAUAAAUUGUCAGUGUCCAGAUGAAAAUAAAUAAGUUCCAGGAACUGUA